UCAUUAAACAAUUCGUUUCCGCGCGCGCACAUCGCGGUCCGACCUUAUUGUUUUAUAUAAAAUAUAUUGAUUGAUGUGUUUUGUAAUAUCAAAUAAACACAAUAUAUAUUAUAAUGGCUAAUUAAAUGUCUGUGUGCAUCACGAUCAUGGCCAGCGCCUCGGAAAUCUAACGUCCAUGAGACCACCACGACCACGGUCUUUUUGACGUAUAUAUAUUGGAAAUAGCAAUUGUAUUGACGAUCCUCGUUCAAGCGAACUUGGUCGCUGUUAAUUGGUAUGUCCUCAAACAAUGAACCUACUUGGAGAAUAUGCAGAAAAGCAGUGUGGAUGUUAAUACAAAAUGUUAAUAACUUAGCCGAUGCCGAAGCUUUACUAAACCAACAAGAGAAUGACCUUCAUAUUGCAAGCGGCAAAUGUUUCAUUUUAUUACUGACGGCAAUCCAAGCGCCGGAAAAGUCGCGACUGGAAUCCGUGCAGGCCGAGUUCAAGCGGUUCGAGGCGCGGUGCGGCGCGAUGUUGGACGGCGGCGGUUGGUUGGGGUUGGUCAGGCGGAAGCUGCAAUUCUCGUCGGGCGCCGCCGCGGCGGGCGUCGACCACUACGACGGACAGAUCGCGCUGGCCGACGUCACCCUGUGCAUAGUCGGACUGAUGAUCGUCAAGGUCAUGAACGGGUACAACGUGGGCCACAUAGCUACCGCCAAGGGGGUCUACACGUUGCGGCGCGCCUGGAAAAUGUAUCAGCAGUGUUACGCCUCCGUGCUGGACGUCUACCGCGCCGUGUACGAACUGGACCCCGACGAGAACACUCCGCGGUGGCCGCCGGUUUUGAAACGCAGACAAUCCUCGUCCGCCACCUCGUUGGCUUCGACGUCGAACGUAGGAAGUCGUAUGUAUCGCUCGGCUACCACAUCGUUUGAAACGUUUCGUCAAGAUAGUGUGUCAAACGGGAUGUCUAAAGACGUGGUUAGAUUGAUGGCAGCGGUCAGUGUGGGAUAUGGCGCUUUUAAUUUGAUCUUAUCAUUAGUUUCACCUAUGAUGGUCCCUCUAAUUGGAAUGUUGGGUUUUCGUGGAAAUCGCCAAACCGGUUUAGACGCUUUAACGUUCGCCAAAAAUGGACCUGACGUACACGCACCGUUGGCAUGGUUGAUCCUGUCGUGGUAUCACAUGAUGGGAAACACAGAUUACUUGUUUGACGGUCCCCAGUCUCGAGAAAAUGAAACCUAUGUCAAGGAAUCAGAACAAUUAGUUUGUAAUCCACCCGAAGAAUUCCAAAACUCGACAUCUCUGCAAUACUUUAUCGGGCGAUCGCUUUAUCUCAAGGGUGAUUUAGAACGAUCGAUACGAGCAUACGAAAUUGGAUCAACAGUUUUAGUUGAUAAUUCUUUUGUAAGUAUGAAAACAAUGUGUUUACAUGAAUUAGGAUUCAUGUAUGCAAUUAAAUUGGAUUGGAUUGCUGCGUAUAAAAAAUUCGCAAGUGUAGCAGAAGUGUGGAUGAAGCAGUAUCAUUAUUUCAUGGCUACAGUGUGCGCAGGCGCAGCGGGUGAUACGACUACGGCUGAGCUUAUGAGACGGCGGGCUAAUGAGGUGGUCAACGGCUACAGGUUGGACGCGUAUCGGGGAACAAUGUGCAGCUUCAUGGAGAGCAAAGAUAAGAAGGUGGCCGAAGCACUGCGGUGGACGGCAGCGGCCUCGAGCGAAGACAGCGUCGACUACAAACACAGCCACCUCCACUGCGACGGUCAGCGUUACUGCCGUUUGAUCGCUUACGAGGUGCUUUAUGUCAAGUACGGCGUGGCCAAGUGGCCGGUAGACGCACUGCACGCCGUCUUGUCGGAUUGCCAAGAAGCUGAAGACGACGACAACACGAUGUGGUACACAAAACAACUGCUGGCGGUCGUCUGUCGGAGAGUUUUGGGUUUCGGCAACGACCACCGUCAAUCUCUAAUUGACAUUGUCGAAAAUAUGGACAGGAAUCAGCGACGUGAUCAUUUAUACGUAUACGGAAUUUAUGAACUGACCACCGAGCAGUUAAGACACACCGAAACUAUAGAUGAGGGCAAACGAACAGUCCAAAAACUCAAGGAUAUAAAACGAAAUUACCAUUUUCAGUACUUCUAUGAAAUGCGAUGUGUCUCAUUGCAAGCGUACGUACAAAAAUUAAACGUCAGAUGACGAUCAGAGGCUGGAACAACUACUACAGGAUGGAUUGUGAAAUUAAAAUGUUUUCGCGAACUUAUUGUUGUUAAUCAUUAAUCAGAUUUUUAUUACUCAAGCACAUACAUAUUAUUAUUGUUUUCAUCGAAACCAUAUACUAAAAUGCAAUAUUAGAAACGUAUUUUGUUAUAUUAAAUGGACGAAAUAGGGCUAUAGAAACUAAGCCGUCCAUAAAAUAGGUAUAGAAAAUUGGUAUCUUGUAUCGAGUAAGAAUAACAAUAAGUGAUUACAGUCCUAGAAAUUAGAAUAUUAAGUAUACGAGUAUAUCAGAUACAAGUGUUAUUAUAUAAAGAUACUUUUAGCAACUAUUAUUAUUUGAGUGAGUAAGUACUUAAUAAUCACCUAUACAUUUUCGAUUAGUUCAUUAAAUUACCAUUUGGUUUUGUUCGUAGCUACAAUAAUAAUAUUAUUAUUUAUAAUUCGAAUAGGUACACCCAACACCGCCAUCUAAUUACACAAGUAUUUCUAUUUUUCUUUAAUUAGUUAUUAUUUGUAUUAAAUAUUUUAAAUUAUUUAAAUAAACAGCAUGUUUAGUAUUAUAUAAAUUUUUGUAAAAUAAAAUUAUUUUAUGGUAGUAAGCUAUACGUAGCUUUAUAUAAAGCUUUGGAUGGCAUGUGUUUGUAAUUUGUGUAACAGGGUAACGAUGAUUAAUUAGGAAAAAUACAAACGGGCGCAUCAAGUUUUACCUCAAACAACCCUCGUCAUUUGUUACAAGUUUUCAGUCAUUUUCAACAGCCUCUUGGUGGUGUUUCGAAAUUCUAGUAACUAUUCAGUACUCUCUCGAAAAAGAAAAAUAUACUCUUGUAAGUAUUUCAAUGAAAAGAAGUAUUAUUUUUACAAUUACUAAAACAUAUUCAAUAUACUUGAGUUAUUUCGAUUAUUAUUUUAUUUUUUUAAUCAUUCAAAAUACUCAACUUGUCGUUCAACUGUCAGUCGAGGUAGUACGAGUAUAAUAAAUUUCCAAUGAAUCGUGAAAUCCUGCGAAUACUAUUGGCUAAUUCAUUAAAACAAUAAUUAAAUUAUCGUCACAUCAUGUAACUACUCAUGUCAAAUAAUAAUACGAGUAAAUUAAUCCUAUUAGGUUUUUAAUUUACAGGUAUUUAAGUUGGUAUACAGAAUAAAAUAAUUUUUGAGUGUUCAACUACAGUUUUCUAUAAAACGGUCGACAUAUUUUAAAUUAUGUAAUAGAA